CGAAUAAAUAUGUCUAAUAAUACUUAUAAAAUAGAGAAUGCAAAGACAGGAAGAUCAUCAUGCAAGGGUAGAUCUUGUAAGAGCACAAUAGAGAAGGGUGCAAUGAGGAUUGGAAAGAUAUAUCCUUCGGCAAGGUUCGAAGAUGAUGGUGUGGCAACAGACUAUUUCCAUCCACAAUGUCUGUUUGACUCACAACUACGUGCGAGAAAGUCAACAAAGAAGGUCGAGUCAUUAGAGGACUUGGAUGGAUUUGAUGAUCUGAGUAGUCAGGAUCAGAAAGAGAUAAAGAAGAUGUUGAAUGGUGAGUAUGACACAUUCUUGGGCACAAAGAGGAACCACAAUCAUCUACCUGCGAACGAUCAGGUCUUCACUGCGUUCAACUCGAUACCAUCACCAAAGGACGUGAGAGUGGUGGUAUUGGGCCAGCAACCAAUGGCAAAAAAGGAACAUGCCAGUGGAUUUGCUUACUGUGAUCGUGCCGCAGUGUCGUGGAACUUGGACAAGUGUAAGGUCAGCACAAGGAACCUCAUCAAGUCUGCGAUGAUAUCCAAGGAGUACAUAUCAAAGAUCGACGAUUUGGAGACAAUCCAAGAGGUGCUCAAGGAGGUCGACCUCCCCGGUGACUCGCCUCGCGAUUGGUUCAAGGCCACCGCCUCCCAGGGUGUCCUGUGGCUCAACACCUCGCUCACCGUCACAGAGGACCGUGAGGAUGACAGGAAGCCACAUGAGACCAUCUGGACGCCCUUCAUCGAGGAGGCUCUCAGAGUGAUCUUCAACGCCAAGAUCAAUGAGUCCGAGGGAGACAUCAGCGGUAUCGUCUUUGUGAUGUUUGGCAAGCACUUUGCUGGUGUCAAGCCCAUCAUUGAGAAGGUGCACGCAGAGGUGAUGGGUGUGGUGCCCAUCGAGUAUGUUGAAGGCGGAAGCCCAGUGUUGGAAGCCUUCCACAAUGUAAAUUAUUUCGCGACGAUCAAUCAGAUGCUAGAGAAGGUUGGAUCCGCAAAGGUCGAUUGGUUCCCAUCGUCACCAGCAAAGGAUGACUAUGAAGACGAGGAUGAUGAGGAGGAAGAGGACGAGCAGCAUCACCAUGGAUCAACGUCAACGUCAACGACCACUUCAACGUCCAAGACCUCCAACAAUGGUAACAGCACAUUCACAAGCAAGUACAAGUUGGACUUCCUUGAGGACGAUGAGGACACACCAAAUGCUGAGCCAGUCGACAUGGACGCUGUGCAGCAAGCCGACAUUGACAUGACGGGACCCCUGGCAAAGUUGGUGCAAGAGGACGGAACGGUCAUCGAGCUGAAGGAUGGCGAGGACGUCACACUUGGAAGACAGUCACUGCAGAUCAGAGACCUGCUGGUAAGCAGGAAGCAAGCCUCCAUCGUAGCCAACAAGAAGAACGGCAAGGUUGUAGUGGAGCUGACGCCAUUGGGCACCAACCAGAUGCAUAUCUCCAAGCAGGAUGAGGAGAAUGUACCACUGGCUCCAUUCAUCGUGCACACCUUGCAGCAUGGAGAUGUGUUCCUGUUGUGUUCGUUGAAGUAUCCCUUCAGGGUUGAGAUCCCAUCGGCAGCAGUGCAGUCGCCCAAGACCGUCGCAGCCGCUACAUCCAAGCCAAAGCCCAAGGUCCAGGCUCCAAAGAAGGAGCCAGAAGAGUCCAAGUUUGACUUCUUGGACGUGAGGGGAGGUAGCGACGGUGAAGCUGAAGCCAAACCCACAAAGAAGAAGGCUGCCACACCAGCUAAGAAGGAGAAGGAAGAGGACGACAAUGAGAAGGUUACAAACAAGAAGAGGAAGGCAACACAGCAGGACAGACCCAAACGCAAGAGAACCACCAAGAAGAAGGAUGAUGACUUUGUUGUUGACACUGGAUACUCUGACGAUGAUAUCAUCGAAGAAGACAACUCUGACGAGGAUUGGAAGCCAUCAGGAGGUGAAGAGGACGACGAUGAUGACUACGACCUUCCACAGACACGCUCAUCAGCCAAGCCAGAUUGCAUGUAUUGGGACAAAUGCUACAGGACCAACUCUGAUCACUUGCGCGACUAUAGACAUCCAACAAGCAAG